UGCUGCUUUAAAAAUCACAGAUCCGAAUUGCGAGUUACUAUGUAGUAUAUUUACUUUCUUUCACGACGGUGUGGAAUUUAUUAUUAAAUUACUGAAACCAUGUAAUUACAAAUACAAAUAUAUGCGAAAGAUCGAAAGUUGGAAUAUAAGCAGUAUCCUGGCUUGACUUUUAAGACGUAUCAUAAUACUCUACCGACUGUCGAGGUUAAUAGAUAUUUUCAGCUGUUAACUUGCUAUUUUUAAAUUGGAAUUAGCAAACAUGUUGGAACCAUGGAAUAAUAAAACUGUUUUGCCUCCUCCAAUGAAUACAUUUUUAUGCAAUAAUAAGAAAGAUAUAAGAGACCUUAGACUUAACACUAACAACAUCAUUCAAGUGUUAUCUAAACAAUCACCUUUACAUCAAGAAAGUGCCUUGUUUUCCCGCUUCUUAUAUAAAUUUGAUAAAAAAUUUCGCAAUGAUAUAGGUUAUCGUAACUUUAAAAAAGUAAAUACUGCGCUUAAAAAGUAUUUAACUCUGAAUCUUUUAAAAGACCUCCAAAGAUUUGCGUCUCUAUUACCUAACAAAGAUGAUGAACUUUAUCUUCCUACAAGACAGAUGAUGGAGUAUGUUUUAGUUAGAAUCAUGUCAUUUUCUAAACUGAUGUUAAGAAUAGUUAUAUGUGCUAAGCAGGCUGCUAUUUUUUAUUUAGAUAGAAUAAAAAGAGGUGAAAGCCAUUGGAUGUGUCUCAUGCCAUAUGCUUUACUUAGUCGUAUCUGGUCCAUGGCACAAGUACUACUGCAGCACUCGUGCAAUUGGUAUAACCAAUUUCAUCCUCUUUUAGAGAUACUGCAACCCAAGGGUUUGAAUUUUUUACCACUAGAGUACAAAAUGCCAGAUGAUUUGGAAGAAUGGUGUGAUUUAAAGAACUUGAAUGAAUAUGGCAAUUUUGAAUGGACACAUAAAGUAAAAAUAAAAAUGGAACCAAUGAUACUUAAUGACUUGGAUGGUAACCUUUGUGAUAGUAUUUUUGAGUUUGUAAAUAAGAUAAAUGAAAACAUGGAAGUUCCAGAGGAAGUUAAUUCAACUAUUACUACCAUAAAAGAAACAUUAAAUGAAACAAAUCCCUAUUUUCAUGAUGAUAUAGGUGUACCUGUAUCACGGCAAAAUCUCCAAACUAAUAAUAAUAUUGUCUCUAAAAUAUCGAAAGGAAUUCAAGAUAAAUCACAGGUCAAAGAAAGCUUUAAGGCAGAAGAUAUAAGUGUAGUUGUAGAUAGGAGAGAAUCGAAUGUUAUUACUUAUAUACAUUCAAUUGACAAUAUAAGUAACAACAGUGGUUUAAAAAUUUUUAUUGACAUCGAGGAAGUAUAUAGAAAUAAAAAUGAGGACAAAGCUCUAACUGGACACCUAUCAGUAAUGCAGUGGCUUACAUUAAAAGCAUCAUUAUUAAAACUAACAGUGGAUGGAUGUUUACCUAGAAAGCUCAAUAGAAAAAUACAAAAUAUAUGGCGAGAAAAAUGUCUUUACUAUAAAUAAAAUACU